UAGGUCUAUAUUUACACGAUCACAGGUAGGCCUGCACUACACAAGACAUUUGUUUUUAUUUUAUUGACCGGUUUAGCAAGUAACAGAAAAUGUUACUGCAAGUAGUUUGUGUGUUUCUGUUGGCUUGUCACCUGUCACAAGCUCUGGAUAAUGGCUUAGCUCUAACUCCACCCAUGGGCUGGCUGUCAUGGGAGAGGUUCCGUUGCAAUGUUGACUGCGAUAAUGACCCAGACAACUGCAUCAGUGAACGACUUUACAUGAAAAUGGCAGACCUGAUGGUAUCUGAGGGUUUCAAAGAUGUAGGUUAUGAAUUUGUUAACAUUGAUGAUUGCUGGCCUGAAAUGGAGAGGGACAGCAAUGGAAGGCUGGUAGCUGAUAGAAAAAGGUUUCCUAGUGGGAUCAAAGCUUUAGCAAAAUAUAUUCACUCUAAAGGUCUUAAGCUGGGUAUCUAUGAAGACUUUGGCUCCAAAACCUGUGCUGGGUACCCUGGCAGUGAGUACUAUAUGGAAACUGAUGCAAAGACAUUUGCUGAGUGGGAUAUAGACAUGCUCAAGUUUGAUGGCUGCUACUCUGAUCCUAAUGACAUGCCUUAUGGCUACCCUGUGAUGCAGUUCUUCUUGAACAAGACAGGACUCCCAAUAGUCUUCUCCUGUGAAUGGCCACUCUAUCAGUGGUCCAACAAGCAGCCCAUAUCUAAGUAUUCAGACAUUGCAAAGACUUGCAAUUUGUGGAGAAAUUAUGGUGAUGUCACUGAUUCUUGGGAUAGUGUUCUAAGCAUUGUAGAUUUUUAUGGUAACAAUGAAGGAAAUUUCAGCUAUUAUGCCAAACCAGGAGCAUGGAAUGAUCCAGAUAUGCUUGUUGUGGGAGACUUUGGCUUGAGCUACUACCAGCAAAAAGCACAGUUUGCCUUGUGGGCUCUCUGGGCCUCUCCACUGAUGAUGUCUGUAGAUCUUAGAAGUGUGGAUCCACAAGCCAAGGCUAUACUUCAGAACAAAAAUGUUAUUGCCAUCAAUCAAGACCCCCUUGGGAAUCAGGCUGUUCGUUUGUUUGAGGUCCCUGGGUCAAUUUCCGUUUGGGUCAAGAAACUCUCAACUGGAUCUCUAGCCAUUGGUGUUCUGAACAAAAACAAUGAAGGCACACCCGUCCCAUUCAAGACCUCCUUUGCUGAUUUAGGCUUCUCCAACAAGAAUGGAUACUCCCUGACAGAAGUGUUUGAAAACAAACCCAUUGGGAAAUACCAGCUGACUCAGCAGUUUGUCAUCUAUGUGGAGCCAACCAGUUGCUUUCUUAUGACAGCCACGCCACUGUAAAAUUUGAUUGCAUUUUAUCAGUUUCCCAUUUUCUUUUUCAAUUUAUAUAUAUUGAAUGGUUUUAAUUAAUUUUGUUGAACAACAGAACAAAUGAGGGACAUGUUUGAAAAGUUUUAUGUAUAUUCAUUCAAAAAGUUUUUUCUUGACUAUUUAUUUAAUAUUUAUUUAAUUCUAUAGGAUAUAGAAAAACUAAAUUCGCCAAAAAUAUAUACUUUACAAUUCAUAAAAACAUUUUAAAACAUUUACAAAAGUAAAGCAACUUCUAUUGACAUCAUCUUAUUAGCAAAACUAUUUUUUAUCUGUAAAGUUAAUUUUUUAAAUUUUAAAUUAAAGUACUUAACUUUUUAAACAUUGUUUAAAUGUGAUGUUUUAAAUAUAUUCCUGUGAUUAUUAAAAGUACAUCUUUUAAAAUUACACUUAACCCCAUUCCUAACUUGUUAGUAAGUGCUUGUUUUCUUACUACCAAAAGUUCAUAAUUUCUGAACACCAUAAUUUGAUACUGUAAAAGACAGCUGAUCUCUAAUUAGCUGGAGCGCAGGUUAUAUGCACUGAAUUAAUGCAGUUCACCAUCAGCUUUCUCAAUACUCUUUUACUUCAUGUAAACUGUUGGCUGUGUUGUCAGUUUUAGCCUUAACUACCCAUGUCAUUGUUUCUUAAAUUAUAUGUAUUUGUAUCAGGUGCUCAUGCACAUUGUAAAUUUAAAAAACUUUAUGGUAUGUUGUAAACAAAUUAAAAAUAAUGUAUAAAAAAUAUCAAAAUGAUCAAUUAACUAUGCACUACUUUUUUACUUUUAAUAAAUUUUAUAGCUUUAAAUUUAAUUUUCCACUAUCUGGAAAUUUGCAAAAAAAAAUUUUUUACACUGAAGCAAAUGUCUAAUUACUUUUUAUAAAAUAUGAAGCCUUGACAAUGCUCUAAGCCAAUUUAAAACAUUCCAUUGUGUAUUAUGCCAUAAGUUUUGAAUUAACUAUGUGUUUAUUGUUUUUGUACAUCACAUUUUAGUUGUCUGGUUGCUGCACAAGCAAUAUUGAUUUGCAAGCUUGACAAAAUGCUUGAUUGCUUUCUUUUUCAAUACAUAUAUUCAUAUAAAUUAUCUUCAAAGAUCUAAAGCUAUUUUCAUAAUUUACUGAAGUUUAAAAAAAAAAAAUUCAUUAUUGUUCAUAAAUUCUUGACCUGAUAUUUUAAUAUUUCAUAACAGAGUUCAGCUAUUAUAAAGGUUUAAACAAUUGUCUUUGCUCAAUAAUUGGUAACAAGUGGUAUGUUAAAGCUGAACUGACCAUGUGAAAAGUCAGCCGAUGAAUUGUAUUUGUUUUUUUUAAAGAGCUUAACUUGCUGCUUCAGACUUGUUAAAUGCUAAACUUAUGUGUGCAUUUGUUUCACAUUUUAUAUUUCUUAAUAAAUUGCCUAAAAGAACU